AUGUCGACUCUUGUAGAUUCAAUUAUCCACUCGGAUGCAUUUGCGGGCACCCCGUCUUCGGCGCGCAGACAACAAGACCUACCAUCAUCUUCUCGACCCCAACCCAUCCCUUCAGAAAGCAAUGGCCAUCCCUCCGAAGCCGAUGUCUUUCCUGACGAUGAGGUGGUUGGCAGCUUACCUGGUCGUGCUCGGAAUCCACUCGAUCGAAACGUUGCAAAAGUUAUUGACGUAGCUGGGGAGAAGGUGGAGCAGGCGUUUGAGGAUUUCCUGGAAGCCCACGUCGAAGAGCCUUCUUCAUCUGGCUUGCCGCCAUCGAGCGAAUUGAAGACCGACAAAUACUACAUCAAUCAAAUUCAUGGACUCCGGGAAUUUCAGCUUUCAACACUAUACGUCGAUUAUAGACAUCUGUUGGCCUACAGAGAAGGCACAACACUCGCAGAUGCUAUUGCAAGUCAGUACUAUCGAUUCCUGCCUUUUUUAACCCGAGCUCUCCAUGCCUUACUUGCGAAGUACGAGCCUGUCUAUUUCAAAGACCACAGGCAGAUGACCAGUACCUCUUCGCAAGCAAACUCUUCCCUCACUGGAAACGCAUCGAGCGAAGCCAAUACUCAAGGCGAGAAGACAAUCAAUCAACAGACAGACAAAAUAUUCACACUGGCUUUCUACAAUCUACCCUUGGUCUCGCGGGUACGACAACUACGAACCGAUCAAAUCGGUAGACUUUUGUCUAUCUCAGGGACAGUAACAAGAACAUCCGAAGUACGUCCUGAAUUGGCGCUAGGUACUUUCGUCUGUGAGGCUUGCAAUGCCGUAGUUCCGAACAUUGAGCAGACCUUCCGUUAUACCGAGCCUACGAUCUGUCCCAACGGCAUUUGCGGCAAUAAGCAGGCAUGGCGGCUGGAUAUUAGGAACAGCACGUUCGUCGAUUGGCAAAGAUGUCGUAUUCAAGAGAACAGCUCCGAGAUCCCAACUGGUAGUAUGCCGCGGACGAUGGAUGUCAUCCUUCGAGGUGAGCAGGUUGAGAGGACCAAGCCGGGCGAGAAGUGUAUCUUUACAGGCACGUUGAUUGUUGUGCCCGAUGUCUCGCAGAUGGGCAUACCUGGUGUCAAGCCGGAAGCUUCACGCGACAAUCGGAACUUUCGUGGUGGUGACGUUGGAGGAGCAGGUGUGUCCGGACUUAAAUCACUGGGUGUACGUGACUUGACAUAUCGCAUGGCCUUCUUGGCCUGUUUCUCGUCUCCAGACACUUCGACCCCUGGCCAGGCGGCAAGUCAGCUGAAUGGAGUCAGCAGUAACAUUCUCAAUUCCCUGCAUCAAACAGAUGCUUUCGACCUGUAUGACAGUGCCGAGCGGGCGCAGGAAGCCUACCUCGAAACACUAACACAGGCCGAAGUCGAUGACUUGAAGUAUAUGGUCCAUACCGACAAGAUCUACAGCCGCUUGGUACAGAGCCUCGCACCCAUGGUAUAUGGCCACGAGAUCGUAAAGAAAGGACUGCUGUUACAGCUCUUAGGCGGUGUGUCGAAGAUGACCCCAGAGGGUAUGGCGUUGAGGGGUGACAUCAAUAUUUGCAUCGUGGGAGACCCCUCAACCUCAAAGUCUCAAUUUCUCAAAUACAUUGCCUCCUUUCUCCCACGAGCUGUCUACACUUCGGGCAAAGCGUCUAGUGCGGCGGGUCUUACUGCUGCUGUUGUAAAAGAUGAAGAGACUGGGGAACACACCAUUGAAGCUGGUGCACUCAUGUUGAGUGAUUCCGCUACUUGCUGCAUUGACGAGUUCGACAAAAUGGACAUCGCAGAUCAAGUAGCUAUCCACGAGGCCAUGGAGCAGCAGACCAUCAGUAUUGCAAAGGCUGGCAUACACGCCACCCUAAACGCCAGAACGAGUAUCCUAGCAGCAGCAAAUCCGAUAGGUGGCAGAUACAACCGGAAGACCACGCUCAGGGCCAACAUCAACAUGUCAGCCCCGAUUAUGUCAAGAUUUGAUUUGUUUUUCGUCAUCCUAGACGAGUGUAAUGAGACCAUUGACCGCCAUCUUGCCACCCACAUUGUCAACUUGCAUGCAUUGAAGGAUGAAUCAAUUACGCCAGAAUUUUCGACUGAGCAGUUGCAGCGGUACAUUCGCUUUGCGAAGACGUUCAAGCCAGCUUUCACACCAUCGGCAAAAGCUUUGCUGGUGGAGAAGUACAAAGAGCUUCGAGCAGAUGACUCUGGUGGGGUUGGCAGAAAUAGCUAUCGUAUCACCGUACGUCAGCUAGAAAGUCUGAUUCGUCUGAGCGAAGCCAUCGCCAAGGCCAACUGCGUCGAAGAUAUCACAGAGCCCAUGGUCAUUGAAGCCUUCAAUCUUCUCCGAAUGUCAAUCAUCAGUGUUGAAAAGGAUGACAUCGAGGUAGAGGACGAGGAAGAGACAACACCUGCACCAGGCAAUGGGGAUGGUGACAGUCCAAUGGCAGAUCACGAUGACGCCGAGGGAGCAGCUGAAGGUACCCCAGCACCAAGACCUCAGAGAACAAAGAUUACUUGGGAGAAAUACAACAAGAUGAUGAAUCUACUGGCGAAGAGAAUCAAUGAAGAUGAGCUCACAAGAGGGGAAGGAGUUGAGAAUGACGAGCUCGUGCAAUGGUAUCUGGAACAAGUGGAAGGCGAUUUGCAGAAUCAAGAAGAUCUCGAGGCAGAGCAUGAACUUGUCAAAAAAGUCCUCAAGAGGAUGCUGAAGGACAAUAUCAUCCAGCAAGUACGAGGCGAAGGACUGGUGGAUGGUGAUGAAGAACUUGCUGGGAGUUCAGCUGAUGCGGAGAGAGUUGUUUACGUGCUUCAUCCCAAUUGCGCUAUCGAGGAGAUGUAA